GUUGCUCUGAGCAUCCAGCCAUGUUGGGCCUCACAGUCCUCGCCGCUUUCCUGGCCUGCGCCUCCAGCUGCGGGGUCCCCAGCUUCCUGCCCAACCUGUCCACUCGGGUGGUUGGGGGAGAGGAUGCCAGGCCGCACAGCUGGCCCUGGCAGAUUUCCCUCCAGUACCUCAAGGACGACACGUGGCGGCAUACGUGCGGUGGCUCCUUGAUCGCCAGUAACUUCGUCCUCACCGCUGCCCACUGCAUCAGCAACGCCCGGACCUACCGCGUGGCCCUGGGGAAGAACAACCUGGCGGUGGAGGACGAGGAAGGGUCCCUGUAUGUGGGCGUGGACACCAUCCACGUCCACGAGAAGUGGAACUCCUUCCUGGUGCGCAACGACAUCGCCCUCAUCAAGCUGGCGGAGCACGUGGAGCUGAGUGACACCAUCCAGGUGGGCUGCCUGCCAGAGGAGGGCACGCUGCUGCCCCAGGACUACCCCUGCUAUGUCACCGGCUGGGGCCGCCUCUGGACCAACGGCCCCAUCGCCGAGGAGCUGCAGCAGGGCUUGCAGCCCAUCGUGGAUCACGCAACGUGCACCCGGAGCGACUGGUGGGGCGCCAUGGUGAGGGACACCAUGGUGUGUGCCGGGGGCGACGGCGUCACCUCAGCCUGCAACGGGGACUCGGGCGGCCCGCUGAACUGCCAGGCCGAGAAUGGCGCCUGGGAGGUGCGUGGCAUCGUCAGCUUUGGCUCCGGGCUGGGCUGCAACACCCACAAGAAGCCGGCGGUCUUCACCCGCGUGUCCGCCUACAUCGACUGGAUCCAGGAGAAAAUGCAGCUGUGAUUCGUCUUGGGGAGCCACGGCAGCCAGUCCCUACAACACCAAUAAACGUCCUUCCCCCUUGAGCAGCCUG